AUGAAUGGACAAAGUCAAUUAAAUUUAUUGGUUACUAAUCAGCCAGCCCCUCGUGCUUGCGUCUUUAUUAAUUCUAUUAACAACCCCAUGACUCAAAAAGUGAUAGAGAAUUCACAGUUAAUUACACUUCCUUUCCCACCAACAAUUAAUCCUCAUGACCUGGUUGUUCCACGUUCUGACGGUCAUAUCUCUAGGCCUCCUAACAACUUUAUGAUCUAUCGUAAAUUAUUUUUUGAAACUGCUCGUGCUGCUGGUUAUAAAUUACCAAUGAGUAUUAUCUCUUCAAUGGCAUCUAAAUCAUGGGAACAUGAAUCGGAUAAUGUUAAAAAAGUAUAUAGAAAAAUCGCAAGAGAAGCCUUUGAUUAUUAUAAUGAAAUAUUCCCUAAAACCAAACCUAAAAAAAAAAGAGAUCAAUGGAGAAAUGUUCCAUUUGACAAAUUUAUCCAUAAAACUAAAAUUCCAAAAUCUUUAAAAUCGGUUAAUAAUGAUAAGUCUGUAAAACCAUCAAAUUUCGAAAUUGCUCUUAAUACCGAUUUAUCGUCUCCUGAAAUGCCUAAUGAUUUAAAUGAUAUCAAUUCUCCGAAAUUAAACCCCGACUUUUUUGUUGAUAGGACUGAUUUAUUUGAUAAUCAAAAUGUUUAUCCAAAUCCUAAUAUAUUCAUGACUCCAAGUAAUAAUAGUUCAUCUGGUAUAAAUAAAGAAUCCGAAUUUAAUUCGGAAUCCCUUUCUGCUCAAUAUUUUGAUAUACCGAUUCAAAUAGAUCAACAAAUAAUUUGUCAUUUUAUGGACGAUGAUAUCAAUGAUACUUUGUUUGUUAACACUUUAGGUUUCUCUAACGAAAUUCCGGAAACAAAUUCAUCUGGAAUAUUUGAUACACAGAACACAUGCAUUUUAGAUAAUUUUAUCAAUUUCAAUAAUUCAAAUGAGAUGAAUGAGAUGUCUUAUGAGCAUUUACCAUUCACUUUUUACUAA